GCUUGACGAGUAAGUAGAGUCUUAGACAUUGAGAUUGUGCAUAGCUGUCUAACUGUCUAGUGGAUGGACCGGAUGGCGCGGACUAGCAACGUGAAAGAGAUCGUAAUGGAAGAAAAUCUGUUUCGGCUGUCGUUCAUGAGAAUAUCAGUAGCGUUUCGCCCCUCUAAGGUGAUGUGGCCUCCACUUGCAACCGGACGUGUAUGCAUGUUCGUGGACCAGCUCUUUCUGCUGAUGCUCCGGACAGUUUUUAGCAAAUCCCUGCUAGCACGCUGAUGGUUACAACGUAGACAUUGACGGGAGGUCCGCCAAGUCGCUCAUAAGUCGGCUUACCUCCGAUACAGCUCACUUUCCCUGCAUUUCCCCCGUUCACCAUGUCGGGACAGUCGAACCAGACUCUUGGCCAAGCCGGUUCGCAAUACCUUACAAUACAACAUGCCUUCGCAGCUGCAUCGUCCCUCGUCAUCUACGAAUUCCUAAUCACCAUCGUUGACGAGAUUAAAAUUGUCUGGAAGAGACCUAUCACUGCAUCCGCCGUGCUUCUUGGCUCAGUGCGAUGGUCGUUGCUCGUCUCGACCAUUCUGGGCCUCACACAACCAACUCCGAACAGCUGCUCACUGCUUAAUUACAUCAUCUGGGUACUUAUCCUCGUUGGCUUUAUUCAGACCGCAGGUAUGCCUCACACAGUCUGCUCCAAUCCAAGCUGUCCAGUUACUUCCACCCGCUAGUCUUCUCCGCUUUGCGCGUCUUUGCGAUCUGGAAUAAGAGCUACAUCUGGUCGCUAAUAGUGUUUGCGCUAAGUAUGGUAUCAUUCGCGACGUACCUGACCAUCGCGGUGGUGUCGAUGUACGGUUUCGUCGUGGAUCCGUUUGUCGGUGCAGCGUGCAUUUCGGAGAUAUCAGUGUCUGCAGAAACAGCCAGCAUGUGGGUAGUCCUGUAUGUCAGCCGCGGCUCAUCUAUCGUUGCCGACACAAUCGUUCUCGUCUUGACCUGGAUCAAGACGUUUGGUCACUGGAGGGACGUCCGCCGUGCCAAUAUCGGAGUGUCGCUGACGACGUGUUUGCUGCGCGACGGAACGAUCUAUUUCAUAGCUCUGCUAGUGAUAAACAUAGCCCAGCCGCUUACCUACAAUUUCUCUGCGGACCUGUCGCCUGUGGGCGUGUUCGUCGCGUCGCCUGUGGGUGCGUUUGUCGCGGUCCUGCCCCCGGUGCUCAUCAAUCGCUUCAUGAUAAACUUGCGGACGGUCGAAUCGGAAGUGCCGGACUGCUCUGUAAGCGUUACCGAUUGGCAGCAAGGACAGUCGACACUGCAGUUCGAGAGGUCAAUGAAUCGGUUGGGCAACAUUGGGGGGCCGCUGUACGAUGGUUGGAGCGAUGAACCCUACAACGACGAGACCACCUUCACAGAAGUGGAUGAGACAGGGGCAGAGGUGUGAACUCGCACUGGAGAGUACUUAUCCUCUGCUUCAGGUGGACAGUAACAUUUGUGACGCACACGAUCAAACCAGAAAAUCAUGGCUUGUACCGUAAAUCGUCCCAGUUUAGUAACCCCUCUGCGGCUAGGCCAUCUCAGCUUUCACCGCUUCUCACGGCAAAUCCAAGGCUGCGAAAGGAAUCUAUACAAAGUGUCUCGGUUCUUUACUCGCCCCAUCUCGUACCACCGCACCCACCCCUGCAAGCCACUUCAUCCCCGUCAAGAGACUGACUCACACGUGCAUCACUCAAGGGUUCGUCAAUGUUGUUCCCGUCACUCCAACGGACCCAUGUCGCAAAUUCCGUACUGUCAAUCUGGAAGUGUCCGACGCU